GAGGGAGGGGAGAAAGAGAGAGAGAGAGAGGCACAGGCUGCUGCUGCUGCGAGAGAAGCCCGGCGGUUGCGCGCUGCUGCUGCUGCUGCUGCGAAGUGUUUUGCAGCCUUGGGGGGACGCGCGCGCGCACACUCUCCCGGGCUGGCGCUCGAGCGCACAGGGCUCUCUCUUCCUUUGCAAACUUUCGCCUUGCCAUCACCGCGCGCGCCAGGAUUUCUUUCCUGCUCCGCUCCGCCGCCGCCGCCGCCGCAGCAACCUUGAACUUUGGCAACGGGGUUUGACAGUACCGUGGUGUAUCAACCCCCGCGCCGCGACAGCUUCUCCAAGAGCGAUUGCAGAUCCGGGAAAGAAAGAAGUGGGGGGUGGUAGUAUUAGUAAGUGGUGGUGGUGCAAAAGGCAGCGCGAGCGAGGGAAGGGAAAAGUCUCGCCAACCCCCCCCCUCCUUAACUCCUGCUGCAUUCCAUCCAUCCAGCCCCCCCCCCACCAUCCGGUUUCUCCCCCCCCCCCCGCAGCCCCAAUCCACCAGCAGCAACUGCAGCAGCAACAGCACCAAGACGGAGUCUCCGAGAACAAGAGGGUUAAAAAGUGUAGAUUGGAUUUCACCCCGGGAAAUCCAGCGCUCGGAGUGAACUUGAAUCUCUUUGGCUAUUUAAGGAGGACUGGGGUUUGUCGGGAACUCGCGGCGCUCCGCGGUCGCUCCUUCUGAUUCCUUCUGAUUCCGAUUUCGCCCGAUGACUGUAACAUGAACAGAUGAGACCGUUGCGCUUUUGAUACUUUUUCUCUCCGCAGAAGUGCAUUCUCAGAGCGAAGUCAUGAUGUAUUCUCCCAUCUGUCUCACUCAGGUAGAUAUUUGUCGCCUUUUCUUACCAAUCCAAAAACAAACAAAAAAACACCACGAAACUUGCUCUCGGCAAGCGGGUGGGUUUGUAAGAGUUGCAAACUGUUCGAGCCACUCGGACUUUAUUUUUUUUGGGGGGGGGGGAGAACCUCAACUGUAUUGCAUGUGUUUUGUUAAGUUGUGUAAAUCUUAACUCUUCGAGGUGUGUGCGGGAAGGACGCGGGGCGGAAGAAGGAAUGCAACAUUUUAUUUUAUUUAAAUACCGGUGAUGUUGCUAAAUAUUGUUAAAUUGUUUCUGGAGGAAAUAAAUCCCAGUGGUUAUAUAUUAGAAAUGUAUAUAAUGAAAAUGUAGGUAUGAAUCGUAUUGAUCUAGACCAGAAAAUGCUAUUGCUGCUACCAUCGUUUUAGCUCUUCUGUUUAGGUAUCUGAGUGACAAAAGGCGAAAGUGUUCCAUUAUUUUUAAUUAAGCAUUGACAGUAGAAACAUAAUAUGAUCCCAUGCUGAAUUUUAUCAUAUACUGCAUAGCCUUUCCAGUAAUGUGAGGUUCGUUUGAAAAGAAAAGAAAAGAAAAGGUCUCUGAGCAGUAGAAGUUCUCAUUUGGCUAUCCAGUACAUUUUUCCUGCUUUACUUCGGUUUUUGUAACUUUAUAAAGUCGACGUCCAAGGUCAAAAACAAAAUUAAACUUUUGCUGUCACUUUUGGCCUGCAGGCUUGCGUAUUCUUUUGGACGUUAGAAAGAGUUAUUUUAUGUACUGCAUAUAAAUUCUAGUACUUGGUAGAGCAUUUGGACAAAGAAUGUUACAAAAAGAUUUAACUGCAAAUAGCUUUGAUGCAAAGAAGGUAUUUAUAGUUUUAACAUAUGGCGAGUCUUUUGUGAUGAUUGGCAGGAUAAAAGCUUCAGAAUAAAUAAAUAAAAGAAACGGAUUGCAGAUUCUGAUCCAAUAUAAAUUGCAGCAUAGCGCCAUGUGAGAUGUUAAGGGUCUAUAGCGUGUAACAUUAGUAACAUUUAUCGUUAAGUGGUCAGGGUAUAUUUCAGGUAAAAUGUGAAUCUCUAGGUCAGUUCUAAACAGUUCUAGUUAAAAUCUAAGCAGGGUGCAAUUUGAAUGGUUUAAUCUGCAAUUAUAUGACUAAUAGGUGUGGAAAGAACGAAGGCUCCGAGUUGUUUAAUAUUUCUGUGGCAUACAUUGCGAUAUAGUUAAAUAAUUAAGAUUUCAUUUGACAAUUAGAAGCCAUUGUGGUUCCAAAGGACUGAGGCAUUCACAGCAUUGUGAAUGAAGAUUUAAACAAUGAUAAGGCUUAUUCAGUGAUUGGAUACAGUCAUGUAGCUUUUUGGCUGACACGUUUUUUAUUGUUUAUAUUUUGUUUGGCAUCAAAGUGUGAUUAACUUGGGGAUCUUUUCAGCAAGUGAACGUAAACUUCAUUGGUGCAAAACAGGUGGGAAAAGGUGUUGCAAGAUAUUUGAAACAUGUAAAAAAAAAGAAGUCAAUAUCCCAGCAUAUAGGUAUCUUGUAAUAGAUUUAGACAUACAGCAUUACCAUAUUUUUUUCAUUCACUAGGUACUCUGCUGCUUGCAAAAUUUGAUACUUCCACCUCCAUAUUGGGAACAUUUGCAUAGAAAUAAGUUUGGCUAGUUUAAGUGGAAUUUGCUUACAGAUACAUGAAUGCUGCCUUGAUUUCAUUAUCUGCUACUCUGUGCUGAUACAAGAUAUGUAUCAUAAUUUACCUUCAAAGUUGAAACUUUAAAAGGCACCUCCAGUUGUUAUGUGUAUGUUAUGGUCUGUUGUUAUUUCCUGCCUAUUUGCCUCCUUUCCUGUGCGUUUUUUUUAAAAAAAACAAUAUUUUCACAAAAGCUCUUGAGUGAGUUCUAUCAGUUGUUUGCCAUAUGUAUGGUUAAAUAUCACUUUUGGUUUAUGCAAGAUAAGUAGUUUGUUCAGGUUCAGUUUGUAUACAACUCACUGCUCCAAACAGUUUCAUGACAAACCUAGCGGCACAUAAUUUUAAUACUACUUGAGUGGUUUUUAGACGUACCUCCAAGUUUUGAAAUGAAGUUUUGUACGUCCAGCGUUUUUCUAAGUCCUAUUUGCUCUGUCAAUUUGCACGUCACUCAUUUCUGAAUACUGAAUGGCAUAUUGCUGUGCUGUAUAUACAUUUGUGGGAGAAAAAAAAUCUAGCAAAAUUAAACCCCAAAGCUGCCGUUCUCCCCACACUUGCACAGCAAUUGAUGUUUGUUGUGGCUGUAGUCCUGACGGUGCUUUAUAAAAUAUCUGUGCACAGAAAUCUUAGGAGACAUUGGAGUAAAAAGAAUUCAGUACACCUGACUUUUCCUCUUUUUCUUUGAAGUGGAAAUGUUACUGUAUUUUAAGAUUGUGAUCCGAAGCACACUAACUUGGGAUCACACUCAGCUACACUCAGUAGGACAGAACAGUAAGUGAGAUGUCAGCUGGAAUUUCGUACCUAUGGGAUCUAUAUUUGUUAUGCAGAAUGGAGGAUUAGUAAUAGAAUACUUCCCUCCUCAGUUUUGUACAAUUAAUAAAAGCUUUUCUUUUCUGAGGUCUGUGGCAUAGAUGUUAGAUCCUUUUUAACGCUCAGAUUCUAAGAAAGUUUUUAAUAGUUUGGCUGCAGAAGUAGUCCAGCAAACCUAAAGGUUUUGCUAUAAUUUAUUUCUCCCCUACAUUGCUUUUGAUUCAGUUUAGAACAGAAAAGUCAGUUAAAGCAGCUUGCAUACCUUUAAACAUAUUGUUAUGGAGUCAUCUUUUGUGUGUGUGUGUGUGGGGGGGGAAUAGUCUCCUACAUCUACUAGAAAAUGAAUCGAUGGGAAGGACAGAAGGUGUUAUGUGAAAAUACUUUUCCAUGUUCCUAUUCUGGAGAGGAAACUUGACCAUUUUAUACUACGGUUGCAGAAUAGAUAUAAACCAUUUUAAAUAAACAAUUUUUGUACAAAUUGUCCAUGCAUACAAAUUGUCAUACAAUGCGUACAAUGAACAAAUUGCCAAUGCACGUUAGAACAUUUGAAAAGCUUUUUCUAACUGUAGCUUGGUUGCAAAAUGCAGUUAUGAUUGCUGAUUAUUCAUGUUAAUUCUUGCCACAUGCAAUUGCAACAUGCAUCUUUAUUUGCAGUGUUUUGUCUGUCAGUACUCUCCGCAAAAUAUCAUCUUUUAUAAAUGACCCUUUAAACAGUUUUGAGGAGAAUGUCUGUGAUGUCACGUCUCAGCUAGAAUAAACUUUGAGUUGUUUAUUUUCAAGCAUUUUUUUUUAAAUAUCCCAGGUGUAUAUUGAAGAUUAUAGAGUUAUUCUAUGCUACAGCAAAAUGGCAGGGUUUGGUAUUAGGGUUUAAUUUUUAUUUUAUUAAAAAAAUAUAUGUUCCAUGUUUAAAUAACAUCUGUUCUUAUUUCCACUUUCAUCGCAGUAGAUAUGUUUCCUCAUAGCUUUGUAUCCAUUAUUGCUUCUGAUUUUAGCAGGUCCUUACAUAGCUGAAAUAUGCAAAAUUUAGGUGUAUUAUCUGGACUGAAUUAGUAGGUUCCAUUGAAUUUGAUGGGGUUUACUUAAACAUGCUUAGAAAUGGUGCUUUAUGGCAGUAUUUGGCGCAUGCCUAAAAGUAAUGCUGAAGUCCGAGGCUUCACAAUUUUCUUGGUAAGAUCCACAAUACUGUACUUGGACUAUAUCACUGACAGAAUACGGCCCUACCUUGGCAUCAGUGUUAUGCUGUCUUAAAUCUAUUUUGCACAGUAAUUUUAAAACUACCAGAUACCACCGCUUCACUCAUUUCUUGCAAAUCGGCCUGCUUUGCCACUUUCCUUCUAAAUGCAUUAUUAAAGUCCAGAGUUCUGGAAUAGCUGUUUUGCACGGUCAAUUCUUUUCUGAAGGAAAGAAAUAAACUGUAGUAGUUAACAAAAAAAAAUAGCAUUGAGAUAAGGAAGUCUUAUCUUGGGCUGUGGUUGCUCUGAACUGUGCUGCCUUCCCACACAAAGAGCAGAUUGUGGUUUAACUCUUUCCAUGGUGUAGCCCUCAAAGUGACAGAAAUCUUCAAAACACUACUGAUCACUUUACUUAAUGAUUCUUUUGCCACUUUGCUUCACUUUAUAUUGUAAUGAUUUUGAGUUUCAUACUAUCCAUUCUAUUUUAGUUCAUUUCCCUCUCUAUAGAAGGGGAAGGUUUAUGUUUAAAAAACCAAACCUGCAGUAAUUCUGAAGACCUCUGUUUUCUUUACUUCUAAAAAUGCAAGGCUUAGUAUACAGAACAUUAGGUAACAAAAAUACAAGCAUAGCUUUAUUUGUUCAGUACUAACUCCUUGGGUCGAAAACCAGCAGCUUGCACAAUCUAUGCAGUAAUUAUAAAAGCAAUAAAAUAUACUCAAUCUUUUAAUCUAAUGUGCACCUCCAUCCUAAAUAUAUAUUGUAUAUAAAAUAGUUCAUUUAGAUCAGUUUGACCUGCUUUCAAAUUUAACACGUGUUACUAUCAGUGUGUAUUAACAUUUUGCCCGCCUGAAAAAUACAGUUUGAAUUUCUAAGGGAACAAUUGUAGCAUCAGCAUUAUAUUCCUUGUAACAUGACUUCAACGUUUAGUUUGAAAGUACAUGGAGUGAUUUUUUUUUAAAUUAAAAAAAAAACCAGUUAAAAACAGUCUAAGAAGAAAAAAAUAACUUUAGAACCACUCAGAAAUGCAUAUACCAAAGGUUGGGAAGCAACAAUAGUGCUCUUAUUUUGGCACAGUUUUUUUUCAAAACCAUACAUUAACUUGCCAUGUGUGUUUAGGCUGUUUUGGUUACAAAAUAAUUACGUAUGUGACAGAAAGAAAUGUCUGUAAGAUGAAACCUUACGGUGAGCAUCUUCCACUUCACGAAGUAACAUAAUUGCCAAAAGUAAUGAAUAGAAUCUAAAUUGCAAUAAAUAUCAAAAUUAGGAAAAUAAUAUAUGAAUCUUUAGGAAUAGCCUGAUGAUAGGAAGAACUCUCUAGAACUAUAAAUAAAUAACACGUAUUUUAGAAAAGCAGGAUUUACCCAACGAUGCAGUGUUAAUGUCACUCUGCCACAGACAGCUGAAGCACAAAGAAUGCAAAGUUUGUGCCAAGUUGUCCAUUUUCAUUGUAUGCCUGAGAUAGAUUUUUUUUGGGGGGGGCACCCAAAUAGUUGCCACAUACUCGUGACCAGCUAACAAAUUAACUAACACUGUAAGGCAUUGAACCCCCCACAGUAGAGUGGAGCAAAAUUGCUGGGACAGCAAUAAUGAUGCGAUUUUAAUUCUUGAGUGCGUAAAGUUUUGUUUCACAAAGUUAUGAAAGGAAAGGUAGAUAAGCGGUGCAUAAAACUUAGGUGGUUUGGCUCUUGUUGUACAUCAUGUUCCUUUUUGCCUCCUUUCCUUAACUUUCCCAUGCUUUCCGAAGGCAUCAUCAGCGCUGGAAUGACCCUGUUUCAGCGCUGGAAUGUUGGGCGAUUGAUAAGAGAAAUGGAUCAAAUUUUAUGAGCGCAUGCUCUUUGCUGAGCUAUCGGUCUCUCGCUGACAGCGUGCUCCAAAAGUGGGAACUGUAUAGCACCGCACUUACCACACAUCUGCUUUGUGUUUCUGUGCCACGGGGAAAGAGAAAUGUGUGGUGCAAUUCACACCUACCUUCUUAAGGGUUCUGCUGGGAUGUCUUAGCAAAAAUGGUACUGUAGCUGGUCGCACAUCUGAACUGCAAAUGUUAGAAGCCACUUAUUGCUCUUAUUUUAAGAAGCAGUUAUAUUUGAGUUGUCAUUUGGGGGCCAAAGACGAAGGGCUCUGUGUGUGGGGGGGGGGGGCCGAAUCUGAUGCCAAAACUCCAUGCGAAUUCCAGAAAUUAAAUGUGGAAGUAUUUUUAGAGCAGUUACUUAUAAUUUUUUUGGAAGUUGAAACUGUGGUUAAAUAAAAUGAAAAGCGCCUAGUGCUCAUGGUAUUAAAGCCUUUUAUAUAUAUAUAUAUAUAUAUAUAUAUAUAUAUAUAUAUUCAUUUUUUACUUUAGAAAUGGGGGGGGGCUGUUGCUCUUGCCUUCACCAUGCAAACAGAACUGAUCUUUCAGUUUUUUCUCUCUCCCCCCUACCCGACCCUGUUUCUUCUCCUAACAGGAUGAAUUUCACCCAUUCAUUGAGGCACUUCUCCCACAUGUCCGUGCAAUCGCCUACACUUGGUUCAACCUUCAGGCUCGAAAACGCAAGUACUUUAAGAAACAUGAAAAGCGAAUGUCAAAGGACGAGGAAAGAGCAGUCAAGGAUGAGCUACUUAGUGAAAAGCCUGAAAUUAAACAGAAGUGGGCUUCCAGGCUUCUCGCCAAACUGCGCAAAGAUAUCCGCCAAGAGUACCGGGAGGAUUUUGUGCUAACUGUUACCGGGAAGAAGCACCCGUGCUGUGUGUUGUCCAAUCCUGACCAGAAGGGUAAGAUUAGGAGAAUCGACUGCCUGCGACAGGCAGACAAAGUCUGGCGUCUGGAUCUAGUCAUGGUGAUCCUCUUUAAAGGUAUCCCUUUGGAAAGUACGGACGGAGAGCGGCUCAUGAAAUCCCCCCAUUGCACAAAUCCAGCACUUUGUGUUCAGCCACAUCACAUAACAGUAUCAGUCAAGGAGCUUGAUUUGUUUCUGGCGUACUACGUGCAGGAUCAAGGUAGGUUACUUGCCUUGUAUGAAUAUGUUGAACCCCCUUUAGAUCUUUCUCCUUUAAGCCAAAGAAUAUGCAUAUAUAUUUCCCUGCAUACAUGUACACAGGUGUAUGCUAAUUUGCAUAUUUGUACAUUUAAGUGACAUGUAUUUCUGAGAAUGCAUGCCAAGCUUUUGUUCCAAAAGGGAAGUUCGAAAUAUUGGGGAAGCUUUCAGCGUGUGUUGCAGAGCAGAAGUUUUAAAAUGUUGGUAAAUCUAUUGAUACGAGCAAAUGAGCAAAAGCUAUAUGCACUUAUUUAAACAGAUUCAUAUCUGUUUAUAUCAAAUCUUGCCUCCUAUCUCUUUCAUGGUUUUAGCAAGGAAACGCUCUAACCCCUACAAAAAAGAUUUAGUUUUAGAGUAUGGCCUAUGUAGCAUCUGGAUAUUAAUAUGCACUAAGCGCUCGUUGUAUGAACAUUUCGUGUUGUUCAAGGCACAAUAGGUGUUCGUAGCUUGGUCUUCCUCCAAAUAUUUCUGCAAAUUAUAAUUUCCAUAACAUACACAAACUUUAAAAAUGUUGCUUCAAUAUGGAAAUGUGAAGUUACAUUAAAAUGUAACAAAACACAUAAGCAGUCACUAUCGGAACUGUUUGUAUACUUAGAUUAUUGCCUUCCAUUUUAUGUAUUUUCAGUAAUAAAUCCCAGGCAAAUGAAUGUUUUGUUUUCAAGUCAUACAACAAACAUGUUUCAAGAAGUGAACUUACAUCCCAUAAUGUUUGGAGUUGGUGGCUUUUUGCAUAAAUCGGCCUGGUGUUGGAAGGUAGUUAAAAGAAAGACAGGAGGUCAUAUUUUUGGUCCAAGUAUAAAAGAAGGGUAUGUUAUGUAACUUAAUGAUGAAAUUAAAAGUAAAACGGGUGGUGGUGGUUUGGCUUGUGAUUUUCACCUACAAUUUAAAAUACUUCGAAAGUUGAAUGUUCUGGUUCAGUUUACAUGAUUCCAUCCUUGUUUGCCAUGCUUAGUCCUAACUUCACAUGGAAUUGUUAUAUAAUAAAAUAUGACUACGUAUCUAUUUUAGGAUUAAUGUAUACUAAUGAAAAUACUUUCCUGUUCUCAUUUCUAGCAGUAAGAGACAUACAGAAUUAAGGGCCCCAAUUCAGAGCAACUUCAAUUGAUAAAAGUCUCACUGAAAUAACUGGACUUAAGUUACUACCAGUUUCAAUCCCAUUGGUUUCAAUGCGAUUUAAAGACAGUUAGCUUCCUUCCAGUUGCGGCCCAGCUGUUUUGCUGUGAUUUUCAUCUGAAAAUUAUGAUACAUGACUCUUAAGACUGCAAUCCUAUGCAGGGUUGCGAAAGGGUAAACACCUUUAGGAUUGUGCUGCAAAUUAAUCUUGAAAGAAGGAGGAAAUAAGCUAUGGUGUUUGCAUAUGCAUUUUGUUAUGUAUAUGCUAACACACAUGCAUUGUGUUAAAAAUGAAUUAUUAUUAUUUUUUGCACCUCAAAGUGUUUUUAAGGAAGGCUAUAACCAGGUGAUGUGCGCCUCAUGCACACCGGAAAGUCAAAUGCAGAUGAAAACAACGUAGCUAUAGCAUCUAUUGUACCUGUCUACCUGUUCUUCUUAAGAUGCUGUGCUUUGAAGUUGAUACAUAUUCCACUUGAACUGAGAGCAGGGCUGAGAUGGAGAACACCGUUUUGCUAGUGAUACCUAGUGGAUGUUUUCGGUUUUCGCUAAAUCAGCCUGAAUCAUGCAAUCAUUCCGAAUUUUUCAGUUACUGCGAAAAAUAACUGGAUGUAAAGUUGGUACAUAUCUUUGUACCAAGUCACCUUUGAGAGAACCUUCCAUUUAUUGCAUACUAUGCGUCCUCUUUGUAUGCUAUCAGGGUGUGCGUUUUUUUGUGGGAGAGGGUGAAAUCUGCUAAACGACUAGUAUUUCUAUGCUUGAAAUUAUAUGUCCUUGGCUGUUUUCCUUUAUAUAUAAAAAAGGAUUCUUUCCCUCCCCUUUAAAAAUGGUUCUCAGAAUAGUCCGCGCUCUCAGUCUCAUUUUUGUGUUUUGGCAGGCAAGGCACCAAGGGUUGCUAGGCUUGCAAGAGGUAGAAGCACAAUGUCAGUCAGAGUAAUGAUCUCUUUUAUAGCGGAUUGGUCUUCUAUUUUGGUAUAUGAAAAAUCUAUUUGGUAAUGCCUCAUCAAUAAGGCGUAGUAAUGUAAUCAGUUGUUGGACAAGGUGGGGGAUUUUAAAAGAAGGACAAAGUUCUUAAAUGAAUGAAAGGAUAAAAUAAGGCGCAUGUUUAAACGUUGGCGAAAAGCAUGUGGAAGAACAGUUUGAGUGCCAGUAAUGGUUGCCAGUGGCACCAGGAUUGGCAUCGGACCCUCUUUGUUUAGCCUAGAAUGCCUGUGAUUUGUUGGUUGGCAUCCGCAUUGCAGAGCAGAGAGCAAUGUUACAAUAUAUUGAGAAUUUCCUGAUCUAGAAAUGUCAGUCCUUUUUUUUGUGCUUUGACAAAGAGGAUUUCUUCUACUUGCUUCCCAGAUCUGUACUGGAAGAAGAAAUAUAGACCAGUCUAUCGAGUUUUUGUUGACAAGCUUUAUCUGACUCUCCUUCCCAGCCAUUCCUCUCAAAACUCUGCCUGUCUCUCCUUCACUUCCUUUUUCGUUGUUUUUUUUUGCUACGGGUCUACUCUUAGAAUUUGCAGGACACAAGCGAAAUUAAACGUUACUUGAUACGCUUGCUUGCGUUCGUACCACUUUUAUGGGGAAACAAAUUAGGAUAAAAUGAUUUCCUAGUCCACAGGUGUUCGAAACACGCAGCACAGAAUAAAUACUUUUUUAAAAAGGGAAGAAAGAAAGGUUUUCCUCCUUGUUCCAGUGUUUCUUGGAUUCAUCUUAGUGUUAAAUGUUGUGAAAGCUAUACAUCGCUUGAAGGAAACAGGUUUCGUGGGCUUGUUUCUGAUGUUUGGUUCAAGCUGUGUUUCAGUCCAUAAAAUCAUUUGGUAGUAUUUGAUUCAAUCAGUGCAGCUCUUGUGCUGUGUUCCGUUUCUACAAGAACCGCCAUUUUGUUUGUCAAGUGCCGGCAGAGUGGGGGAGGAUAAAGCAGACAAUGUGCUUGAUGCCAAUAAUGGUUGCCAGUGGCACCGAGGUUGGCAUCAAACCCUCUUUGUCUAGUUGCUGAAUGCCUUUGAUUCGUUGGUUGGCAUCUGCAUUGCAGUGGGCACAUUGGAAAGUUUUUUUGACAAUCGCUGAAUGAAAGCUGUUGUAUUUGUUUGCCGCAGUAGAACUUCAGAUAAUAGAAAUCCUUCGUCUAAUAGAUAACUUUUUUUUCCAGUUCUGUAGUAGCAGAUUGUUAAAGUUCCAAUUCUUUCUCCCCCGAAGCACACUUUUUUGUUUGUAUUUCUCUUCUACAGAAUUUAAUUCUUCCGUUGUCUGCUAUACUUUUGACACUCAAAAGACAUUGUAUGGCAUUAUUAUACAUACUGUAAGCUGUAUUGUACAGCUCGAAAUUAUGGAUGUGUUCAGUUUAUCUUUUGUUGUUCUGUGACCGAAAUAAAGUUUGAUACUGAUACUGAUCACUAAAAAGGCAAUAACAACAAUGACAUCAUCUAUCUAUCUAUCAUCUAUCUAUCUAUCUAUCUAUCUAUCUAUCUAUCUAUCUAUCUAUCUAUCUAUCUAUCUAUCUAUCAAUCUAAGCUUGUGUAGGUCUUGGUAUGUGUCACAUAAUUGCCACAUGUUUUUCAUUCUGGUUAUAUUACACUGUUCCUAUUUUCGCACAUUGUUUAAAAGUAAGAUAUUAAGAGAGUUGUGAAAAAGCUUUCAUUUCCAAACCAAGAAUUCAGCAGAAACUCACCAGACUUUCCAGCAAAUAGAUGCAGUUCUGUCAAGUGUGCUUACUUCUGAUGCACUUGAAUGUCCAGAUUUUAAAACAUCUAAAUACCUUUCUGUUUAGCUGCAUGGGUUGGCUACCGGAGACCAGUGAAAAGGCCAAGUCAUUUCUGUUGAUGUUUCCUAGAUGGUUAGCAUUAAUACUGUUUUCUGACUAACCACCAUUAUCUUGUUAAUUAGUAAGAUGGAUUAGCAGUUCUACCCAAAGGGCUGCACUAAAGGAAGUCUGGCUUGCAUGAGCCCCUGAAUCGCCAGACUGUGUCCUGUCUGGUAUUAAAAAAGGGAGGGGAAGAGGGUGAUUGCUGGAGGGGGGGGGGGAAUGGUGGACUAGGAACUGCUCUGUCCCUAGAAAAAAAAAGCAAGGACUGCACAUGAG